AUGGCCAUCACGAUCAUUCUUGGCUCCCAAUGGGGAGAUGAGGGCAAAGGAAAGCUGACCGAUAUCCUUGCCCCGGAGGCUAAACUCUGCGCUCGCGCUGCUGGAGGCCAUAACGCAGGACACUCUAUCGUUGCCAAUGGAGUUUCGUACAGCUUCCACUUGCUUCCUUCCGGACUCAUCAACCCGAGAUGCAUGAACUUCAUCGGCUCUGGAGUGGUCUUCAACGUGCCGCAAUUCUUCAAGGAGCUACAAGAUCUAUCGGACAAGGGACUUGAGGCGGUCCACGAUAGAAUUCGCGUGUCUGAUCGAGUGCACAUCGACCUGCAGCUCCACAUCGCGGCUGAUGGACUUGAGGAACAGGAGCUCGGAGAGGGCAAGAUUGGAACGACUGGACGCGGUAUCGGACCCUCGUAUAGCUGCAAAGCUGCGCGAAGUGGCAUUAGACUGGCCGAUGUCUUCAACCCCAAGCUGUUCGAGCAGAAGCUUCGACGUUUGGCUGACGGCUACCGAAAGCGCUAUGGAGAUCUCUUCAAGUACGACGUCGAAGAGGAGCUUGCCCAGUUUGAGGAAUACCGAGAGAAGCUGCGCAAAUAUUCUGUUGAUGGAGUAUCUUUCAUGAAGUCAGCGCAGAAGAGCAACACUCCCAUUCUGAUCGAGGGAGCGAACGCGCUCAUGCUCGAUCUUGACUAUGGUUCUUAUCCUUACGUAACAUCGUCCAACACUUCGCUCGCCGGUAUUAUCGGCGGACUCACCUUGGAUCCCACCAAGAUCACAGACAUCAUCGGAGUCGUCAAGGCUUACACGACAAGAGUGGGCUCGGGAGCUUUCAAGACCGAAGACUUGGGAGAGGUCGGAACCAAGCUCCAAGAAAUUGGACGAGAAUGGGGAACAUCCACUGGUCGCAGACGCCGAUGCGGAUGGCUCGAUUUGGUGGUUUUGAAGUAUUCCAAUGACAUCAACAACUACACCGCUCUGAACUUGACCAAGGCAAGCACUUGCGGUUUAUCAGCUCUCGAUGUCCUCGACACCUUUGAGACAAUCCGCGUCGCGACAGCCUACAAGAUCGAUGGCAAGGAAAUCGAGUCAUACCCAGCUGAUCUGGAUAUCUUGGAUCAAUGUGAGGUUGUGUACAAGGAUUUCCCGGGAUGGCAAACACCCACGACAAAUGCCAAGUCCUUCCAGGAGCUACCUAAAGAAGCGCGUGCAUACGUUGAGUUCAUUGAGGAAUACGUCGGAGUCAAGAUCAAGUACAUCGGCACCGGCCCCGAUCGUGAGGCAAUGAUCAAGCGCGCUUAG